AAAAAAUAGAAACAACACUGAUUAUCCUCUUCGUCUUGCGAAAAUAAGAAAUUUUUGUCUUGUCAUCACAGAAAAUGGCUGCAGCUGCGGUGCAACCGUCUAAUGUUAGUGAUUAUCUUGCUAAACAACAAAAGGAAAGUCCGAAGGAAUUGGGCUCUGAGUGGGCAGAACUUGAGGAGCUCCAUAAUAAAAAACUAUGGCAUCAAUUAACCCUCAAAUUACUAGUGUUUAUAAAGAAACCGGAACUACAGAAAGCGGACAACCUAAUUCAGCUGUAUCACAAUUUUAUUCAAACGUUUGAAAAUAAAAUUAAUCCUUUGUCUUUGGUCGAAAUAGUGGCUAUUGUCGUCGAACAGUACAAGGAACCGAAAGAAGCGAUCGCUUUCCUAGAAAAGACUGAACCCAAAGUAAAAAUCAACCCGGACGCCCAGAAUUUGUGCAAAGUCCUCGAAGGACAGAUCUACCUUGAUAAGUUAAACGAUUUAGACACCACCAAAAAGAUCAUCGAGGAGGUCGAAGCGACUUUCGAUAAUGCCGACGGUGUUACUCCAGUGCACGGGAGAUUUUAUCUACUCGCCUCUCAAUACUACAGAAUUCAAGGAGACCAUGCUCAAUAUUAUCGCACUGCUUUGAGGUAUUUGGGCUGCAUAGAUGUGGAAUCCUUGAAGACCGAGGUGAAAGUGCAGCAUGCAUUUUUCUUGGGUUUAGCAGCUUUGCUGGGCGAAGGGGUUUACAAUCUCGGAGAGCUUCUGGCCCAUCCUGUAUUAGAGUCUCUUAAAGCAACCGAAAAUGCUUGGCUCAUCGAGCUCUUGUACGCCUUCAAUUCGGGGAACAUUAGGAAGUUUGAAGCCAUGAAAACUCAGUGGUCUUCUAUAGCCGAUUUGGCCACCGAGGAACUAUUCUUAAGACAGAAGAUAUCCUUACUAUGUUUGAUGGAGAUGACAUUUAAUAGACCGUCCCACAACAGACAAUUAACAUUUGCGGAAAUUUCAAAAGAAACGAGGUUACCUCUAAACGAAAUUGAACUGCUGGUAAUGAAGGCGCUUUCACAAGGAUUAGUUAAAGGGCGAAUUGAUCAGGUUGCCAGUACGGUAAACAUGACAUGGGUACAACCGAGAGUUUUAGAUCGCACUCAGAUCUCUAGUAUGGUAACAAGACUCAAUGAUUGGUGCAAACAUGUUAAUACGAUGGAGCAAUUAUUAGAGGAAAAAGCCAGUGAAAUAUUAACUUUGUAAUAGGUACCAAUAAUUAUUUAAAUAAUCAUCAUGCCCUCGAUUUUUUAAUGCAUAUGUUGAACUAAUAUAAAACCACAGAAAACUAAGUCGAUUCUUAUUUUUUGUUGCUAUAGUAAUAGGGGGUUACUUUUCUUUUCUGUUUUUUACGUAAUAAAAAAAUGCUAUUUAA